UGUAAAAUGAGAUUAUUUUUACGUAAAUUUAUCCAUAUCCUCAUUUCCUUGCAUGCUUAGGAAACUUGCAAAUUUGGAAAGACAAAUCUAUGCAUUUGAAGGUGGUUAUCUCGAGGAUACUUCACAAUUUGGUAAUAUUGUCAGAGGAUGGAACAAAUAUCUUUUUACCAACAAGUCCGCAUUCGGUAAAAAUAAAGGAUCCUCUUUCGAUAAACCUAUCCACAGAAAAUUUAAAGAGAGUGAAAGGCUCUUUUCCCAUUCAUCUGUUACAUCUCGAGCUGCCAUAUCCAAUAUUCCUCAAGAUGUUGAUUGUGAUCCGUUUGUGCUUAAUUCUCCGCCAAUCAAAAAUUCUUCCAACAUUUCCAACGCCUCCCUUAACAGUAGCAGCACUUCUUCGCUUCACAAAACGAAUGAUUUGGUCAAAAGCGAAAAUGCAUCAUCUAACAUCGCAUUGGUAAAUAAGAAUCAUAAAUCUCCCGAAAGCGACAUAAAAUACUUGACUAAACCUAUGGAAACCUUGUCCUCUACGAGCGCCAUCUCGAAUAAUGUGAACAGCCCUUACACCUCGAAAAACUCCAAAAACGCUCCCAGUAGUGCCAACAUAUUCAACUCCUUAAAUUCAAAUGCGGAUAAGCCGAUCGUUCCAGCAAAUUUGAUAAAACCCGCCAGCAUUCAACACAAAAGAGUCUAUAAAAGAGCCAGAUACAAAUGAUUCUAGUUUCUUUUAGCCAUUAAUUCUAGAUAUACUUGAAUUGUUUUCAAGUUCCUCAUUUAUGUUUCG